GGCCGACUACCAGAGAAGACAACGCUCCAUUCUCUCGUGUGACAGUUACACAUGGCCGUCUGUGCAUUGGCUGAUCGCUCAACCGACCGCUCACAUGUGACACGCCCUCUCCGACGCUGAUUGGACGACGCUCACAAAACACGCCCCAUAGUUAAAGUCAGAGGACACGCCCACACCAUUGGCAGACAUCGGCAUCUCUCAGGGUGCUGCCUCGUUCCCUUAGGUUAUACAGACUGGAUGCAGUAGGUUAUAUGGCCACGCCCCUUAUCUGUGUGACGUCAUGCCCCGCACUACGGGCACGCCCACUGUUGUGUUGCUCGGUGUUUGGUGAUACCGCUCGUCCAGCCAAUUGACGUUCUGGUUCCCGGGCCUCCGGGCGUGCCGCCGUUACCGUGGUAGCAGUGGAGUGCGGCGGAGAGACACAUCCAGUGGAGGCAUCAUGGAGGAAGUGGAAGAAUACGUUUCACCUGAAGACUUCAGGCCCUGCAAAAUCUGCGGUAGAACGUUUCUGCCGGCUGCUUUGAAAAAGCAUGCCCCAGUAUGCCAAAAAACCUUAGUUAAAAAAAGGAAAGUUUUUGACUCCAGCAGACAGCGAGCUGAAGGAACAGAUAUUUCCACUGUGAAACCCAUAAAGCCAAGGCCAGACCCUCCAAAGAAACCCUCCAACUGGAGAAGGAAGCAUGAGGACUUUAUCGCCACCAUAAGAGCUGCAAAAGGACUUGGUCAGAUUUUAAAAGAAGGAGGAGAACUUCCUCCACCUCCUCCACCCUCUUAUGACCCAGACUAUGUUCAGUGCCCGUACUGUCAGAGGAGGUUUAAUGAGAACGCGGCUGACAGGCACAUCGGCUUCUGCAAGGAACAAGCGGCUCGAAUAACCAAUAAGGCCAAAUUAGGUGGAGAGCCAAAAGGGAAAUCAAUUCCUCGCACUCAGUACAAGGCCCCUUCACUUAAGAAGACUAAUUCCCCAGCCUCCGUGUCCACUUCAAAUUCCCGCUUACCACAGCCACCAAACAUUGGUAAAACAGCUUCAGGUAUACCAUCAGGAAAACCAGCAGGAAGCGCUGCAGUAUCAGGGAGCCGUCUUCAGACACUUUCUCCAGCCCAUAAAAAUUCAGCCAUAUCAAGUCCGCAGACUGGAGGUUCAUUAAAGUCAAGAACGCCGCCUAGCCUGGCUAGGAACCCAAACUUUCUUCUUUCCGCUAGCAAAAGGAAAGUGUACAAUGCAGAAAGGCCUGAUAACAAUGCUGGAGACCACACAGAUGCCAUGAAUGGAGGCCGUCUGAAAGGUGGAGAUAAUAAUGGAUCAGGGCAACUGACAAAGUUUUGCCAUGAGUGUGGCACCAGAUAUCCAGUUCAGUCAGCCAAGUUUUGCUGUGAAUGUGGAGUAAGAAGAAUGGUGGUUUGAUCAUUUCCUGUUUUAUCCUAAAGGAAGCCAAACAUCAUUCUGCCUAAAAGUGGGCUUGCUUCGACUGCUUACAUAUAUGGUAUAUAAAUGACUGGGAAUACAUAAGUCUGUGAGAUAACAAAGUCUCAGUUGGCAAAGACCUUUUAUCCUCAAGAAAAUGAAUCCAUUGGUUAUCGUACUGGAUUAUUAAAAUUGGGUCUAAUUUUUAUUUUAAAUAAUCUGUAUCUGCAUCUCACUAUAAUCACCUUUAAAUUCAGUAACAGUUGUGUAUACUUUAAUAUCAUGUGGCAAUGGCUUUUUCUGCUGAAAAAAAGCUUUAGGAAUAUAGGUGGAACUUUUAAAGUAAUGCAUCAUAGACUUGGACGUAGACGAUUUGACGCAUCUGAUGUCUAUGAGGGUUUGCAAUGCCUAAUAGCAGGAAACUGGUGCAGACGAAAGGCAGCCACUUAUUUCUCAUUGUUUUAUUAAAAUAACAUGUAUUUGGCCAAGCCAUAUGGGCAUGCUAAGGGAGAACAAUUGUUGGCCAACACUUAACUAUAAUCAGCUUAACAGAAGAGCCACCUCUAUUGCACUCGUAAGUUCUGGCACUGGAAGCUUUACUUUGUUAUAAUAUUUGCAUGUUCACUAGGACUAGGAUUAUUCUAAGAAUGCAGGACUGCGAUUUUAUGGGACAAUUUGUUAGUCGUGCACACAAAGAUUUAUUACCGUUUUAGAUUAUACAGUCCAUGUUGUAUUUGUUUACCAAAAUCUACAGGUCUUUUAUUUUUUAUUUAUUUUUACUAGUUUUAUGUGGGUUGGGUAAGUUGGUUCCUCCAUUUACAAUGGUUUGCUCUCCGUCUCUCAUUUACAGUCUGUCUUUGUUUUUAGGGUGCCUUCAUCCAGAUCUUUCUACAACAGAUUUGUGUGUGUUAUAUGAACAAUGUAUCAGUGGCGGCAAGAUGGAGGAGAUUAUAACAAAUCUCAACAAAAAUAAGCAUGGAAUCUGUAAUCUGUCAGGAAUUGUUGCAUAGUGAUAUGUCAAAGAUUACAGCAGAGGCUUUGUUUAGAGCCAUCAUUGCUGAGUUUAUUAGAUUUGAUGGUAAGAAUAGUGUGGCAUGCAUUGCUCUUGAAUGAUGGACACCUUGGCAGAGCAUGAUGCUCCCUUAUGUAAGCUGAGAAUUUUCGCUUGUGGAAUUCCACCUCAAAUUAAAGCCCAUGGACUUCUAUGGGAUUCCGCACUCCCAUUCACAGUUCUGAAUUUCCGUUUGUGGAAUUCCGCUAGCGGAAUUCCGCAAGC